AUGCGUCAUCAAUUCUCCUUUCCUUCCUCUCUUCACGCCUAUCAACAACUUGCUCUCAAUCCAGAUGUCUCUCCUCAUAGUAAUGCUCAAUUAUUAAUGUCGGAAGGAUGGAUGGAAGAGAACAAUUCUAGUAUGUCAACAACAACAACAACAAAUGUAACAAUUCCUUCUUCGUAUUGUCCAACAUGUGGUUGUAGUAGUUCUAUAUCUUCUCUCAGAAGUAAACUCAAUCAUAAACCAAAUCGAAAAGGGAUUGUGUUGAAGGGUCGACAAAAUUCAUCGGUCAUGGCAUCACCAUUAAGACAUUCACAGAGAAGAAUUGCAUCACCAUCGACAGUGACAGCGUUGACAGCUCCAGUGUCAUCGAAUCUGCAAAUUCCACAAGUAGUGAAUCCGAAUGAUGGAUCUGAUGCGUUGUCAAUGCCAACUGUCAACUCAAUCCCAAAUCCAACUUCACAUGUGAGCAAAACUAAAGUAUUGUUUCCAACGAAACACAUUUCAAAAUGGUCACAAGUGGUGAAUGGAGGAACUUUUGUGCAUUCCAUUUCGAAUUUAUUGGAAAAAUCAAAUCACAAAUUGCAAAUCAAGGAGUUGUCUCCUUCGGGCCAAAUUCAUUUUGUUAACAUGAUGAAUCGAGAUGUGAAUUUAAUGCAAACAAUUGAAUUAUACACCUCACUAACACCUCACAAAUUCACACUUGCUUAUCGAUUGAAAUUUAAUAUGCAAAACGGAAUUUUCACAAUGAGCAGUCAACCAGACUCACAAAUUUUGCAACAAGGAGAUGUAAAUACUCAAACCACGAGACACGGAUGGGCGCUAUUUCAAAUUUCUAGAGAAAAGGGAUCCGAGAAUUUAAUGUUCCCUAAUAAAAUUAUUGAAGUAGCUAUUUUGCUGUAA